ACCGAGCAAGCGCUCGCUCUGCUCUGAGGUCUCAUUGUCUCAACCGUUGCGACUGAAGAUUUUUUAUGCUAAAAAAUUGAAUAAAGCGAACAAUGGUGACGAUGCUACUCUCAUCGCUAGCUCAAUCUUCUUUGUGCUAUCGUUUCCCCGCUUCACCCAAACCGUAUUCGGCGAAAACCUCGGCGAAACAAAGCCGUGCCCUUGCUCUCCACCGGUUCUCGCCGCGCCGCCAGUCCAUUUCCAGGAGAGCGCCGCGCUCAGUCUGCUUUUUCAGCGCCGACGAAAAAUCUAAAGCCGAGCUUCAGGAAAAGAAAACUGGAUUGGACUGGCAAAUUUUGAAGCAGUGGGACGUGCCCUGGGAAUGGCAAACGGUUUCCUUGACUUCGCUUGCUUGCGGAUUAAGUUUUGUUUUGACAGGGUUGGUAGAGGCAGCGGCUAUACCGUAUCUAGGACUUCGCAUUCAGGAGCUAAGUUUAGACGAGAAGGCUGAGUUACUGUUCUUCGAUCAGGGCAUUACUACUCUAGCUGUACUUGGAAUUCUGUAUGGCGUGGCCAACACUUUUCAACCACUUCCUGAAGACGUUUUUCGUUAUGAUUGGAGGGAACCUUUUAGUCUACAGAAAGGGUGGCUCUUGUGGGCAGGGAUUGGUCUUGUUGGUGCUGUAUCGGCUGUUGCAUUGACGGGGGCUGCUACAUCCUUUUUUAGUGGCGAGAGUCCACAAAGAGAGACUGAUGCUCUAGUUCGCUUGCUUCCACUAAUUGGAUCUUCAAGCAUCAGCACUGCUUGUUUGGUGGGGAUCACUGGUGUCUUUGCUCCACUUCUUGAGGAGACCGUGUUUCGGGGUUUUUUUAUGGUGUCCCUAACUAAGUGGGUACCUACACCAGUAGCUGUCAUUAUAAGCGCAGCUGUAUUUGCACUUGCACAUCUCACUCCUGGAGAGUUUCCCCAGCUGUUUGUGCUAGGGACUACUUUGGGACUUUCAUAUGCCCAAACCCGUAAUCUUCUAACACCCAUCACAAUACAUGGUUUUUGGAACUCGGGAGUUAUAUUGCUUCUUACCUUUCUUCAGCUUCAAGGUUAUGACAUCAAGGAAUUGCUGCAAGCAACAACAUAGGGGUUUUUAUUGAAAACCAGAGCUUGUGCGGGCUGCACUCUAGGCUUAUUUACCAUGGGACCAUACAGGUUUUCGCAACCCCACCCCC